UGGUGUCAUGGCUGCCGUAGCGCUUGUGCAAGGAGCGAGCAGGGGACUUGGUUUAGAGUUUUGCAAACAUAUCCUUUUAAACAAAGCUCCGGCGGCUGUAAUAGCGACAUGCAGAAAUCCCGAAGUAGCAGCAGAUCUGGCUACUUUGUCAGCACAACAUCCGGGCAGAGUUACCGUACUAAAACUAGACGUAAACCGGGAGGAUGAUAUCAAAAAUGCAGCCGAAACGGUUAAAUCGGCGUUCGGGAAAGUUGAUCUUGUCAUCAAUUCCUCAGCUCUGCUUCACCCCUCAGGUAAAGGAGAAACGAGUCUGCGGGACGUGUCUGCUCAGGGAGUUAUCUCCACACUAACUACGAACACUGUAGGCCCACUGGUAAUGGCAAAGUACUUUGCUCCUCUCCUUCAGAAAGGUGGAGGGAUGUUUGGGCAGCAGCCAGUGGAGAAAGCCAAGCAGCACAGUGGAAUAAUUGUGAACAUGACUGCUAAAGUUGGUUCCAUCGGGGACAACGCUCUAGGUGGAUGGUAUAGCUAUAGAAUGUCCAAAGCAGCGCUGAAUAUGGCUACCAGGAACCUGUCUAUUGAGCUGGCUCGCAGUCGACCAAGAAUAGUAUGUGUGUCCUUACACCCGGGCACAGUAAACACUGACCUCUCACGCCCCUACCACCGCAACGUGCCCAAAGACAAACUCUUCAGCACCGAGUACUCGGUGCAGUGCCUCAUGGGAAUUAUCGACAGUCUCAAUAUUGAUAAAACUGGGAGAGCGUAUGCUUGGGAUGGGUCUGAACUGCCUUGGUGAAUUAUAAAUUGUAUACACACACACACACACACAUACUCUCUGUCAAACCUUUGGAUGCAUACACACACAUUCCUUGAAUAUCUGUCACCAUCUUUUACUUUCUAAGACCUUUCCCAUGAAUUCAAGUCUCUAGAGAGAGAGAGAGAGAGAUGUUUUCAUAGCUGUAUAUGGGGAAUUUUUCUUCCUUUUUGGAGCUCAGUCGAAUAAAUUCAUUUUUAUGCAUAUAUCACAGUGAAGUUUGUCAGUGUUAAAUACAAAUAACUGCCACCU